AACAAAUUUAACCGUCGUUACGAUUUAAAAUCUUUUCGCCCUUUGUUUCGGUCGCAAAAUGUGAUUUUUAAUAUUAAUAUUGAAAUUAAUAACGCUAAUGAUGGAAAAAUUGAAAGACUAUCAAGUGUUAGACGUAUUUUGCGGUGGUACGUUCUACAAAGUGAGACACAAGGUCACCAGUAACAUUUUUGCAUGGAAGGCGUACAAUUGCUCCGCGUACUCGGACAAACAAAUACAAAACAUAUUUGUAGAAGUGAAAACACUAAGUAAAGUGACAUCGGAGAGUUUACUACGAUACUACCACACCAUUUUUCACGGGCCUUCCAAAACUUUGUACUUCGUCCUUGAAUACAUCUCUUGGCAAAGUGUACAAGAAUUACUGCAGCUUUGUGAGUCCACCGACAAAUAUAUCGCCGAGGGAUUCAUCUGGCAGCUAUUGUUCGAGCUCGGCCGAAUCUGUAAACAAAUCGAGGAGUUGCAAUUUACAGUGUUACAGAAAUGCAUCACGACUGGAUCGAUCUUUGUGAGCGACAGUGGAGAACUUCGGGUGAAUUGCUUCGGUUUGGAUACUGGGGUGAGGGGAGACGUGAUGCGGCAGGUGGGAAACGUGUUGCACGCGGUUUGUUACCGUCCCGGCUCUCGCCAACACCCAAUCAAGGAGUUUCAUUACAGUGAUGACCUUAGGGAUGUGAUCAGCUUCCUCACAGACGACAGGAAUGUAAACUUGCGACCUGAUGUCGUUCUUUACCACCCAACAGUGCUAGCAAACAUAGAAACACUAUCUGCACCCAUCCCAUUAAGUGAAAUACUUGUAUCUACUGAUUAUACAUGUACUUUGUCUGAUGCUAACAAAUGUGACUCACAGAAGGCAGUAGACUUGUGUAGACCUGUGGAGCCACUCCCUAGAAAACAUCUGAGGAAUGUAGACAGCCCUAUUUACUGUAAUAUCAAACCUAGAAGGAAGCUAGAUGUAGUACAUGAGGCAACAAACUCGGAUUGUGGCUCUUUGUCUCCUACAUUGAAAGCCUUAGCACUGGAGUUGCCUGGCUUUGUGCCUCGCAGUCGAAGACCAUACAGCAAUGCUCUAGAUAAGUACAACGGUCCACAACAAGUCUCAGAAGACACUUUAAGCCAACAAUGGAUAUCUCGGCUAGUUGCACUGAGGCAUAGAGAGGAAUCACUCAACAAAAGGGAGAGAGAUCUGAUCGCUAAGGAAAUUGUGAACAGUCCUACCACCAAGAUUGUACCUAUUGAUGAUCCCGGCCUUGUCUGUGAUAGAGAGAGUAACGGUAUAACACUGCCGCCUGUGUUGACACAGGUUUCUGUUGAGAAGAAUCAGUGGACGUCACGACGCCAUCGGCGGUCGAGUUCGACUCGGUCCCGCCCUCGCAGGAAGAGCUACGCGUACGAGGACCUGGACAGCUCGCUGUCGGCGGACCCCGGCGACGGUAGCAUGAUCAUAACAGCCACAAAAUUCACUAAAGAGAACAUGCCUCGCCGCAACAUAUUCCCCGAUGUGUCCACCAAGAAAGUGCAUUUUACAUCUGCCAAUCCUUUUACUGAAAGUGAUGAGAGUGUGACUUUGACCUUUUACGACUUGGAGAACAUAGACAGUGAAGGUUACCAGGUACCGAGGCAACAGGAGGACAAGAAAGACAUCACAAAGUUCAAGUACUUAGAUCCUGAGAAGUUGAUCACUGAGAAGAGAUCUGCUGUGAACUGGGCGCACUCAUCACCUUCCAAGCAGCCUAAAGUGACAAAGAACAUAUUCAGUGAUAUCACCAAUAUGAGUCAGACUAGUAUUAAAAAGACUCCAUCUAAGUCGAGUCUUAUAUCUAAGGGUUCCAAUACAUCGAGGUGCUCCAUGUUCUCAACACACAGCCAGUGGAGCAUGGACUCGACUUGCAGCAAGGUGAGUGAAAAUAUUGCAGACAGAACUCGCUCCAGCAUGCGGCAGUUCCUCACGCAGACACCAACUGUCCCUCCAGAGGUGAAAAAAACUAAAAGAAAAUCUCUGCUUCCUUUUAAAACGCCAUUUAAAUUUAAAACUUCUACAAAAGUGUAAUACUUAUUCUUCAUUGUUGAAUGAAUUGUGUUAUUUAGGAUCUUGAAAUAGUUAAUAAAAUAUCAGUGAUCAAUUUGUAAACUAUUCCCACAGAUUAAUAAUUCAAACAUUAAAUACUUAAGACAAAAUAAUAAUGAAUCGAGGAUAAUUUACUCAGCUUUUUCAUAGAACUUAUGUUUUUAAACUUGUAUAAGGUAUGUUUAAGCUUUGGUUGGCACCCUGAGAUUCAAUUGUAUAUUAUAGUAUUCAUCUCAUCAUACUAUACAUCAUAGAGAUGCUAUUUUUUUUAUUAUAUGUGAACUAUUUUGGUUGUGGUUACCCUUUUAGUUAGUACAUAAUGUUUAGUGUAAGUUCUCAGUGUAUUCUUUUAGCAUUCUAGAUCUGAAACCAGAUUAUUAUUGUAAUGAUUUGUAUAUACAUGAUACGGACACCUACCCACCCUAACCCUAGUAUAGUGAAAUUAUAUAUUUUUAUUUGAAAUUCUGUAUGCUGUUGUGAACAAAUUUUUAAUAAAGCCUCACAAAAUGCAUCUUUUAGUGUUCCAUGCUGAAUAUACAGUAGGUUCAAAGUGUUUGCAGUGAAUAUAUUAAUAUUUAAGAAAAUAUUU